UGCACAUGAGGUUGUGUAUACCUUCUAACUCGCCCGAUCGAGAAAAAGGUUCACGUGAAUUUUCUUUCAUUUCUGCAAAUAUCGCGCUGUGUGUUGCAAAAUCCAAAACACGCGAGCCACUUAGUUCCUCAACGACAGCAUCUGGCCAUCAUCAACCAGAAUCAACUUGUAACUGCAGUUUUUUGCUACCCUGUCACGAGGAAUAAACAGUAGCAACAGCCGUCAUGUCGUGGGGUAACUUUGACAGCAGCUCGAUGCAGAGUUCGGGUGGCUUCAUGGAUACCACAAUGGGGGAUGGGGCUGGAGCUGGAACCGAAGAUAAAGGAGGUUCCAAGCGAGCUCAAAAUUGCAUGCCCGUCAUGAUAUCUCAUAUCCAAAGGCAUGGAGAGAAGCUCACCGUUUGGGGUAUGCCGGCGCUCAUAGUUACCUUGGUUGCCUUCGUCCGUAAGCUCGAAUCUACCAGCACAAAGGUCACAUUUGAAUUCCAGGACGAGACUGGUGUCAUCAAGGGUAUUAAGUGGUUAGAGGGUGACAAUGCAACAUACGAGUCGCCAGUCAGUGUUAACAACUACGCCCGCGUUUACGGUCUGAUCAGAGAUCAGAACGACGAGCCUUACGUCCUUAUUGUCAACGUUCAGCCGAUGGAGCACCUGAAUGAGCUGCUGACCCACAUCAUGGAAGUUACUUUGAUGUGUCUACAGGGAGAGAAGAUGGUGAACAAAGUGGCCACCAACGAUUCAUCCUAUGCCAACAACUCCAUUAGAAAUACCAGUGCCAAUGGUACAGCUGGCAAUACUUCUAUGGGUGGUGGUGGUGGAGGUGGCAUGGGAUCAGGUCUUACUGAGAACCAGCAGCUCAUUCUCCAAAUAAUACAAAACAGUGAUCCAGAGUAUGGAGCAGAAAGAGACGCCAUUAAACAACGCGUGCCACCACAUCUAGUUUCUAGAGUUGAUGAGAUUAUCGAGUUCCUGUCCGGUGAAGGCCACAUUUACACCACCAAGACAGACGACUUUUUCAAGGCUAUUUAAGUUUAUUUUAAUUUUUGUUUAGUCUAGUGGAUUCAAAGGUUGUUUUGUUAUUAAUUCGUAACUUUUGUACUCCACGUUAAUUUUAAUCAUGUAAAUAAUUUAACAAAAAAAAAACUUUACUCUCGUGCCGUUGUACAUAUUUAUGCAAUCGAAUUUUUCUAAUCCGUUGCUAAGCUUCAACUUAAGUACUGUGUACAUUUGUAUCGGGUAUCAUUUGCACUUUAUACUCAAUAAAAACGUUCACAAGUGACAAAAAACUGA